UCUGAAACAACAUUUUCUUCCAUACAUAGCCUUUAGUUUUUCCUAUCAUAAAUAGAAUGCAGCAAGACUUAUCCAGUGUCGUAGAAUUGGUCAUCCAACUAUGUAAACACUUUUACGAGUUAGGUUGGAUGCGCUUUGGAAGCGGAUCCUAUUGUCUUAAGUCUGGAGAUCAAUUUUUAUGCCCUAAAGAUCGAGUUCAACGAGAGUUUCUCACGAACGAUGAUUUGGCUUUAAUAAGUCUUUCAGAACCCGAGUCGACACAAGUAGAACUUGCACCUAUUUUUGCAUAUCUUAUCCGUGAGAAAGAGGCUGUAGCCAUAAUUUACUCAACCUCACAGGCUGCCGUAGCUAUUUCCACAAAUACUGAUGAGGAAUUUGUCAUCUCGGACAAGGAAAUGAUUAAAGGUAUUCCUAAAGGUACCCCCAAAGAUGGUUAUUUGUCCUGCUUUGACACGUUAAGAGUUCCAGUUAUUGAAAAUGGUGAUGUUGCCAACAUCUUGAAAUCAAUUCAACAAGUAACGCAAUUGAACUCUUCCGUCAAUGCAGUGCUUAUACGAGGACGUGGAAUCAUUGGAUGGGGAGUAACAUGGGAAAAAGCGAAAACUCAAAUGGAAUGUUACGACUAUUUGCUUGAAACAUCAUUCCGCCUCCAGACUUGGCUUUAGUUUUGCGUGAAUAAACCCAAAAGGAAAAGCAAAACGCAAUACUUACUAGAACUUGAUGUCUGGGAGAUCAUUCUGUUCUUCGUCGCUAUCCCAAGCAGCUUUCUGCAAUAACUGCGGUUUUUGAAUACUGCGAUGACCAAUUGUUGAGCUAAUAAAUUAUUAGUAUUUAUAUCAAUGCAAGGGUUAAAAAAUACAUACGCGCCGUUCCCUAAAAGCUCUUUUACGGUUCCGCGGUUUAUUUCCGGUAGCUUGCCGUGCUUCCUUUCACGCUCCUCACGUUUUAUGUCGUCCAGUAAACGAUUCCAACUACAUAUGAUAUUAGGUCGGAUGCCUCGUAUGGAGCGUAUAGUUUGCUUUAAUCCUUUGUAGCUGGAUGAAUGUGAAAUGCGCCCCGUGCGCCCUCCAAUAAGCCAUACAUCAGGCCCUGUCUCCAAAUACAUCUGCCGAUCCUUUCUAGUCUGUUGAUAUUUUUUGAACAAGUCUGGAUGCCGUUCUGUCCAAUCGUCUUUUUCGUCAAGCAAAAACUCCUCUUCCUCAACGGGUUGGCUUCGUUUCCCCAAAGAUGAUACUUUAAUAAAACCCAAAAGCGCAUUUUCUGGCAUAAAAAACUUCUUCUUUGUUUUCUUUCCGUUGCGCCUUGUAGCCACUUUGUUCUCUACUGAUUUUGAUUCUAUGUUCUCUUUAGGAAUCUCAAUCACCUUCUUAACACAUUCAGGGUUAUAUUGUUUAGGAAGAAUUCGGUAAGAUUUGUCAGAAAGAACGAUACCAUUGCCACUAGACACGUUUUCUUGAAUAACGCGAUAGGCAUCUUUGGCUCGUGCCCACUUGUUUUCUUCUUUUCCCCUCGUAAGUAACAUAGACACAUUUCCUUCACGCUUUCUGCCUGUACGACCCAUUCGUUGAAGCAUACGAAUAGGUGAAGAAGAUGCAUCGUAACAAAUAAUUAGAUCGACUUCGCCGAUAUCCAAACCCUCUUCGCCAAUGGAUGUUGCAAUUAGAGUGUUGAUUUCACCUUCGUGAAACUUCUGUACAGUCUCAUUUUGUAACUUUUGAGACAUACCUCCAGCCUUCUUUGCAGAUUGACCCACGAAAAUGGCAGAGCGAACAGUCGGUGAAUUUCUUGAAAGCAGACGAUGAAUUUCUUCUGCGCUAGAUCGAAUUUCGGCAAACACCAUGAUACGAGUAUCUUUAUUUUCUCCAAAAUGAUUCAACACAAUUUCUUGCAAAUGCUCCAGUUUUGGAUGCCCUAAGAAAUCAGGCUGUGAAAUGUAGCAACUCAUUUCACUCAUUAAAUCAAUGAAUUUUUGAUCAUGGAGAACUCGCUUCUUAUACCCGGCUCUUCCUUUCGAGCAUUCCUCUUGUAUUUCCUUCAACUUGGAGUAGAAAGGUGUGAUACCAUGGUACAAUAAUAGACCUAAUGGAUAAGCGAAGGUUACUAAAGCAUCAAAAGUGUUAAGAACAUCCCACCUCUGGUUAUUCGUGUAGCUUUGUCCUGCGGUAGCAAGAAAUUUUUGUUUCGCUUGCAAUAAAGUAAAAGCGGUAAUGUCUUUAAUAUCUCUAACCCAAUAAAGAUUACCUUUUGUGAGUUUGGUAAAGAAAGGCUCCAAUAACUCGCAGUAUCGAUCACGAAUGUCGCAGAGUAGGGGGUUUAAAUCAACGGGAUAGCAAUCGACAUUCUUUUUGUAGACAUAUUGGGCAAUAUCAAUACUGUUUUCAUUGCGAAUUUCGAUACAUGAGAUGUGAAGAGAGUCCACAAUACUCUGUACUGUGUCAAUCUUUGAUCCCGGUGUCGCAGUCAAUGCUAGCACGCGAAAGUUCCUAUUGCCCAUAUAAAUUAAUCGAACAACCUCGACAUAAGAAUAGUUACCCAAGCUGCGAUGAGCCUCAUCAACAACAAGACAUGAUAUUUUCAUUCUGUCACAUAUACCACGUUUCAGAUCAUUUUGCAACGUCUGUGGGGUUAAAAAGAACACCUUUUUCUCCUUGUAUAAUUCUGCUCGAGUAGCAACAGGAACUUGACCACUCAAUUCAGCAGUACACGAUUUUGGGAUUCCAGCUAUCUUAUAGCAUGCUUCCAUUUGCUGGGUUACAAGAGGUUUCGUUGGCGCCAGAAAAACGACAUAACUUUGGGGAAACCAACGAAGAUAGUUCAUCAUCAGCACCGCUGCAAUGAAUGUCUUUCCCAAACCUGUCGGCAGUGCGACUAGUACAUUUUGAGUCAGAGCUUUUUUAACAAUGUUGAACUGAUAAUCACGGAGUUCAAUAUUGAUUGGAUAAAUCCAGGUCUUUGCUGCCUCUGUGUCCAAUUGGUGCUGUAAAGUGAUAUUAUCCUCUGUGACAUUCCGAUUCAUAAAUUCAUCAAUAGAUUCUCCAUUUUUUAAUAUGUUUUGUGUAUUCUGAUAGGUGUCUUCUAUUUGUUGGACAGCUUCCUCAUCAAUGUCGUCCCAAUCGUCAUCACUCAAAUAAGGGUCAAUUGCCAUUUUUCGACAAGAGAACAAUAACAAACCGUCACAAGCC